ACCGCUCAGGUGGCCGGCAGUGCUUUGCUGUCACAGCAGACACGGACAGACAGCCGGACGACAGGAAAAAAGAAAAACCCUCACCCAAGCGCACACGCACGUGUGAUACGGGGCGAGAAAGAAGUGAGCGAGAAGAAAAAAGACCCAAAAGGAAGCGAAACCACCCACCAAAAAGCCGAUCAUGAUGGAUAUCAAACUGGAACAGCUGAAGACUGAGUUGCGGAUAUGCACCGCCUGCGGCGAACCGAUCGCCGAUAAGUACCUCUUCGACAUUGACGGCUGCGCCUGGCACGGAUCCUGUCUGCGUUGUUCCGUCUGCCUGACGCUGCUCGAACGGCAACCCUCGUGCUACUUUCGCGAUCGACAAGUCUACUGCCGGACGGAUUAUGCCAAGACAUUCGGCGCAAAGUGCUCAAAAUGCUGCCGAACGAUAGCGGCCUCAGACUGGGUGCGGAAGGCACGCGAUCUCGUUUUUCACUUGGCGUGCUUUUCCUGCGACACCUGUGGACGGCAGCUUUCGACGGGCGAACAGUUUGCGCUCAUCGACGACAAAGUGAUGUGUAAAAUCCACUACAUGGACACGGUGGAGGACGGAUCGAACUCGAGUGAUGAUGGAUGCAGCAGCGAUGGUUACAACAAGAACAAAUCGAAGCGCGUCCGGACGACGUUCACCGAGGAGCAGCUACAGGUCCUGCAGGCAAACUUUCAGAUCGACAGCAACCCUGACGGACAGGACCUCGAACGGAUAGCGCAGCUGACGGGGCUAAGCAAGCGUGUGACGCAGGUUUGGUUCCAGAAUUCGCGCGCCCGUCAAAAGAAACACACCCACGUUCCACGAGACCACAAUCCCAAUCUGUUCAGUGCGCUGCGUCAGGACUUGAACAACAACAGCAGUGGCCAGACGAGCCUCGGAGAUCACGAGCAUGGACCCGGUAUGGGCAAACAUCCUGGGGCCAUGUUCAACUCGCACGUGAACCUCAUCAACCUGAUGGUGUAA